GUUGUGUAAAACAUUUUAGAACCAACUUUCUCACGAAACCGCUGCCGAAAAUGCCUCUUAGGACAUUGUUAAGGUUUCUAGCAAACCAUCCGCAGGUUGUUGAGAGGUUAUCAGAAACAUACGUCAUCAGGAGACUAGCACAACUCACAGCUUAUGCUAUCACCAGAGGAAAGAUUAGGAUGGAGGAUGAGGUAGCGAGAUUAAGCAAGUCGUCUGAGGGAGCCGUACAGAAGGCAUCUUCCUUUAAAAGCACCUUCAUGAGAGAGAUUCAAGAAGGGAUGAAGGAGGCAAACAAGAAGAUAAAAGAUCAGGAGAAGAACAAAUGACACAUCUGCAAAUGUGAAAGUAGUAAUAAAAGUGCUGUUAGUUGUCAUUUGUUGAGGAGGUACCAGUAUGAAUGCCCUUUGGCAUAGAACAUCUGCAUACCAUUGUAUUUGUAGUGGAUACAAACAUGUACAUGUAACUUCUCAUGUAUGUCAAAGGCAUGUGAAUGUCUCAUACUAAAACAUUUCAGGGAAUAGACAUGAUUAAACAAUGGAUCGGUAAGGACUUGAUAGGCAGAGUCAUCAGGUAUGCUGUGCUUUGGAAUAACAAUCUGUACAGGAUAAUACUGUGCCAGGGCUGUCUCCAGGACCCAUCCCUCCGUCCCAGGACAGAAAUUUGCUUGUUGGUAUGGAAAAAAAUAUUUCCCCAUCUGUCCCAAAAUCUGAACUUCAUGACAUGAAACUGUUGGAAAUCUAUUUUGAUGAGGUUAAAAGGACAUGUUCAGCAAGAAAAAUAUUGGCUCUGAAACAAUGAGUGGGAUAGAAAAAUUUAAAGUUGGAAACAGCCCUGUAUUGUACAAAGGGGAAUGAAGAUUUGUAUUUCUAACGGCAUGGCGUGUGAAAUGGCAAGAAAAUUUGUAAUACCAGCGUUCUCCAUAAUGGAGUAGUGGGGAAUUAUCUCAAUCAUAUUUAAGUGUAAAAUACCCAAAGACUGUUGAUGCAGUUGUCCAAUCUAUGUCUGAAUGAAAUAAUGUCAUGUGUUUAUAGAUAUGGUGUACAGCAAAGUUUGUGGUCUGUCAAUCUGAAUAAAAUGUUUCAGAACAUA